ACACAUAUACCUGGGACAGUCACCUGGCCAGGUCAGGUCUUAGACACCGCUAUAUAGAUAUAGAUAUAUUCGAUCGCGUUUUGUUGGUGCGACAGGUGUUUGCUAUCUGAAGAGUAGACAGACCAGUUUGCGGGCCCUUUCUGUCGAGAUUGUAGGUACACUGAGGUGACAGUCGUGAGUCGUGACAUGCAGUGCUAGUGCUGAUGCUGUGAUUACGUUGAGAACUUUGGAGAAUUCGGUUGUGAUUGUUUCGGUUUUGGACUUUGUGAUGUAUUGUUGCUCGGUAGACUGGCGGUCUAGAUGAUAUAGGAGCAGGAGUUAUUCGUCCUAUGGGAUUACCAGUUUCAGAUUUCACAGCUUAUUUGGAAGGUUUCCCGAAUGGCGUCCAUAUUCCGGAUAGCAUGUUCGAUAUGUCUUUUACUCUUUCUGCAAAAGACAGAAGCUCAAGGGUUAUGUGAAGUGGAAAAGGGGGCAUCGAAUAUUAUUCUAGACAUAGAAGAAAGCAGAGGAACGUCAAUCACUCAAGAGACUAACCCUCCAGAAUUACCAAUAUCAGGCGAACCGAAUGUAGAUAUAUUUCUGGACCUAUCAUUUCCAAAGGGUAUCCCUUUGUUCUUCCUCAACGGAAAGAAGUUGCAACUUAUUUCUCCUUUAGACAGAGAUGAGAACAAUCUAUCCCACAUAGUAUUCCAGUUAAUAUGUACAAUCAAAUCGACUCACAAGAAGAAGACUAUUCCCGUAAUUGUAAGACUGACUGAUAUUAAUGAUAAUGCACCGCAAUUCGUUAAUACGCCAUAUGAAACCACCAUAUCCGAGCUGACGCCUGUUGGCACGACGAUAUUUCAGAAUAUCGCCGCCAAAGACAAAGAUACCGGUGUCAACGGACUAGUAGAAUACUCCAUAGUAGAAGCCGACCACCUACCACCGGACGAAGGUAUCGGGAGACAACGGAUACACAGUGAAGACGGUUAUGGAUAUUUCGCCAUCAACUUACCACACCAGGGUCAAGUUACAGUUAACAGGACGCUGGACUUCGAGAAAACUCAAAGAUAUUAUGUCACUAUUGUGGCUACGGAUAGAGCUAGAGAUGAAUCGCAAAGACUAUCGUCAACAACUACCCUUACAGUCAAUAUCAAGGAUGACGAUGACCUUCCACCUUCAUUCAUCUACAAAGGGUGCAUGUUGCUGGAUGGAUCCUGCAUCAAUCCUGAAUAUACUGCAUCGGUUUUCAGUGGCAUGCUACACGGCAUCCUCAACAUUUCCCCAGAAAAAAUACAGGCUGUCGACAUGGACACCAUAAACUCCCCAAUACGGUACUCGUUCGUCAGCGGCGUACCGGACUCGUAUGACCAGUACUUCCGGAUUGAUCCGGAUACGGGGGCCGUACGACAAGUCAGAGCCGUCGAUACGUCGACCACCAAAAAAUUCAACGUCAUAAUAAAAGCACAAGAGUUAUCUGAAGCGAAAAGGUCGACCACUGCCAAACUCUUCAUAACGGUGAAGCCUGUCGACGCGCAUCCGCCAGAAAUCAAGUUGUCUUCCAGAGAAGGAUUCGUCGACGAAAAUUCUCCUGUGGGAGAAAAGGUAGUCGAUUCCAAGGGAAAUCCAAUUCACAUAACAGUGGAAGAUAAAGACUUUGGACCGGACGACCCCAAACCAGCCUACACCUUCGAGCUCACCACCCCCUACUUCUUCAUUGACAAGCAGAACCACCUGGCGGUGAACGACCACAACCUGGACCGCGACCCGCCAAACCUCGGCAGAUUCAAGUUCCAGGUGGUGGCUCGGGAAAAAAAUGGGGGUGGUGCCGCCCCCGCCAGUGCCCCAGUCUCCAUCACGGUGGACUUGCGAGACGUCAACGACAAUGCGCCUGUGCUGCCUAUUAUAGCCCCGGUGACAGUUCCAGCAGGAGAGGGGAAGAGGAUAGUAGCCAAAGUGCAGGCCACGGACAACGAUGAAGGCGACAACGCCAUCAUCACCUAUUCCAUCUACCACGUGUCCAACAACGGCAACAACAAGUUCACCAUUCAUCCCCUCACCGGCCUCAUCGAAACAGUCGGCCAAUUGAACGCCGGCGAACAAUACAGCCUCACCGUACAGGCCACCGACAAGGGUGGGCUGUACAGCCAGGCAAUAGUCGAGGUGACCGUCAGCCCGGGGCCUAACAAGCAGCCACCCGUGUUCGAGCAGCCCGCAUACGAUUUGGAGGUCAGCGAGGGGGCCUCCAUCAAUUCCAGCGUCGCUGCCAUCGUGGCUACGGAUCCAGAAGGCGAUCCAGUGACUUACUCCAUAGUAUCGGGAAACGAUCUUAGACAGUUUGCCAUUGGUGCCAAAACCGGACUGAUGACCAUAAUAAGGCAAUUGGAUCGAGAAGAUUUGAAUAGAUACCAAUUGGUGAUUCGAGCAGAGGACUCGGGCAAACUGUCCAGCACGGUGACGGUCGACAUCAAGGUAACCGACAUCAACGACAAAAAUCCGGAAUUCACCGGCGAGCCGUACCUGUUCAAGGUCAAGGAGGGCUUGAACAAGUCGACUGUCGGUUUCGUACAUGCAGUGGAUGCGGACGAAGGGAUCAACGCAUUGGUCAGCUACUCCAUACCGAAGGAUUCUCCCUUUGAGAUCGACAAUGCUACCGGAGAGAUCACCACCAAGAGGCCCUUGGAUUACGAAAAGCAAAAGGAUUACCACUUCACCGUUACUGCAAAAGAUGGAGCUCCAGAUCCCAGAAUAGCCACAGCAUCCGUCUCCAUAGAAGUCAUAGAUGUCGAAGAUGAAGUUCCCAUAUUCCCUGUUCCAAAAUACGAAGCCACAGUUCCAGAAAAUAUGCCCGAUGUUUUCAUCACUCAAGUGAAAGCAGUUGAUCCAGACACGGUGAAAAAAGUCCAUUACGUCAUCCACCAAGGACCCACAGAUUUAUUCAGGAUAGACGAAAAUACGGGUUCUGUCUACACCACCAGAGGUCUGGACUAUGAGAAAGAAUCCCAACAUAUCCUCGUCAUCGGUACUUUAGAGAAUAUGUCUAGCGAUAAUGGUAGUACCACGAAAAUCAUAGUGAACGUUGAGGAUCGGAAUGAUAUACCACCAGUUUUCACAAUCAUCCCCCAUCCAAUAACGCUAGAAGAUGACGUUCCCAUUGGUACUACCGUGACAACACUCGUCGCUACAGACUCAGAUGGUACUGCUCCUGGUAAUAAGGUCCGAUACGAGUUGGUAGGGAGAGGAAAGGCAGAAAAAUAUUUCCAGAUCGAUCCAGAUACAGGAGUACUACGUGUGACGAACGAUUUGAAGAAAGAAGUUGAUACCGAGUAUCAAGUCGACGUGAAGGCUUUCGAUUUGGGAGAACCUCAACUGUCAUCAGUGAUCACAGUCGACGUCUACAUACAGCAUGUCGCCACUGUGGCACCAGAAGUCGGUCUUCGAUUCGCAGACACUUCAUACAACUUCCAAGUGCCUGAAAACGCAUCUAUCGGCCAUCUGAUCAAGACUCUCACAAUCGUCAACAGCAAAACGCAUGGCGGGAAUAUUCCGCUCAAGUGCCAGAUCAUAUCUGGGAAUAAAGAGAAAUUCAUGAUCAACGUCACCGAAGACAGAAACUGCGCUCUCUAUUUGAACGCCACGCUGGACUACGAGACCGAAGAAUCGUACAAAUUCGAAGUGGAAAUCAUGUCGUUGAAGGGCUUCAUCAACCGAGACUUUGCCAUCGCCCAAAUAACGAUAAACGUCUUGGACGUUAAUGACAACGAACCGUUCUUCUUGUACCCUAACAAGCAGUACCACAAGUACUACGCUGCCAUCUCGGACGGAUCAUCCUUGGGCACACCAGUGGCCCAAAUCAAAGCCGACGACAAAGACAGCGGCAAAUUCGGCAAGGUCCAGUACGGCUUAGCAGGAAACGACAGCGACGAGUUCUUCUCCAUCGAUCCCACCACGGGCAUAAUCCGCACCAAGAAGUCUUUCCAGGACAUCCAGGACUCCCAGCUGCCAUUCCUGUUGCUGGCUCAAGCCAGAGACAAUCCGAACGCGACGGUGGACUUCAACGUCGUUUCGACGCCGGUCGUGGUCAAUUUGAUAUCGCCGAGUGACAGACUGAUCCUGGUCAUAGGAGAUGCCAAACCGGAUGUCGUCCAAAGCAAAAUCGACAACAUCACCAGGAUCGUCGAAGAACAGACCGGACUGAUAGUAGGCGUGGAGAAAUUGACGUCGAGAGAGUACAUAGGGGGAAAUGGGACGCUAGAAACGGAUUUGGGGGCCACUGACGUCUGGUUUUAUGUGAUCGAUCCGGAAACGGACACAAUCUUGCCGAGGAACCAUUCCCUGGUCAAGAGGACCAUUUUCGAAAAAUCCGCCAUGGCCAACAUCACCCUAGACUUGACCAGCCAAAUAAUGCACACUGCCUUCAACAUACACGAGCCCCUGAGCGUGCCCAAAGUGAAAAGUGCCUCCAUAGCCUCCUUCAACGGGGAGGUCUUUCCCUACGCCCUUAUCAUCAUAGCCUCCUUGAUCUUCGUGCUCGGUAUAGUCGGCAUCAUCUACAUCUGUGUUUCGUGGUCCAGGUACAAAAACUACAAGGAGCAGAUCCAACAACAGUACACCGUACCGUCUAGUCCUGUCAGAUACGAUACCGUUUACGUAGAACCGAACCUCAAAGAGUACGAGACUCAGGUAUUGCAGAUGUGCGUACCUGUAGACGAGCAAGAAGACUACAACGAUCUACAGAUAGAUUUCAGCAACAAGAACCACACGUUCAGUUUGGAUAAUGUUAGCUAUAUCAGCAAAGAAAACAACAUGAAGAAGUAUGGGCAGUCGAGCCCAGUUAGCAGCGAGUCUGCUACAACUGCUAGAGCUUCUAGUGUGGGUGACCACGUAUUAUCAAAAAAUAAUGAUCACUCUUUGAGACGAGAUCAUGUUUAUAGGUCUUCUGAUGAAGAUGACAUGAAUACCAGUCCAACGAAUGACAAUGUGAUGUUUAGGGAAAAGAAAGACUAUUUAAAUAUGGGUUAUUCCUAUGACCAUUCUCCCGUGGAAACAACGACAGAAUUGUAGAUAUUUAUGCGUGUACAGUUAUAUAAGAAUAGAGUAAUAAUUGUUAAUAUAAUUUUUAAAAUGACAUCGAAACGAUUUUUAGGUACUUAUAUUUGAAAUUUUUUUUAGCAAAUAUAUUUUAUUGUAUUUUUGAAAUUCUGUUGAUCUGUUCA